GACUUUACGUGCCACAAAUUACGUAAGACCCCACAUCAGACCUUCAGGUUUAGGUACCUAAACUGCUAAAGUACCAUCAACCCCACUUUCUACUAGACGCGUCUAGGGCCUUACAAACAACGCGUUGGAUCCGCCAAUACUUCUUAUGAUGUUAUUUAUGCAAGGCUGAGAUAUAGCACAAGGAGUUGGCGACGUUCUCGUCGAUUUAUCCUAAUGAACAUAUGUACCUAACCUAGGUAAUAACCGGAUCUUAGGAAAUAAUUGAGUACCUAGAUCUACCUAAGUAACCAUGUCAGGAUAUCAAGAAGACGAUACAAUCCACGGCACAGAAGACAUACGCGAUGCCCUUACGGACGUGGUUGAGGCAUCUAAACUAACGGCAAAGCAACGUGGAAGCAAUGUAAAGCCGGCCGUAGAGAAGUUAGCCUCGUUGUCGUACGAGCAAGGCCUCCUUCCAGAUGAUUUGAGCCAACUUAUAGAUUUGGUUACCACCCCGAAUUUCCUUGAUCAAGCAAGCCUCGGAAAUCUCAUCAGGAACUUGUAUCCGGUAGAGACAGUGAGCAUCGAGGUUGUUGUCAAGAUUAUUGGUUCUCUUGGGCAUGGAAAACUGAAACCAUCUCUAAAUAUUCAAGGGGCACUCCUAAGAUGGCUUGUUAUGGUUCAUCACAUUAUAGAAAACCAGGCCAUAUUAUCGCGAUCCUACUCCGUUCUAUUCAACCUCCUAGACACUGCCGCAAUUAGGAAACAGCUAUGUCAUCUACUAGCUCUUAUUACUCGGCGCCGGCAUGUGCGGCCCUAUCGAAUCCAAAGCCUUUUAUCCUUGUCCAGGCAAACGGGAAAUGAUCCUGCAGUAACCGGCCUACUCCGAGUGUAUAAAGACUAUUACCCAGAGAUUAUUGUAGGAGAAGCGACUCGUGCCAAGGCAUCGGCUUUCAAGCACCCAGGCCCGCAGUGGCGUGAGAGGCUUGAUGAAAUCCAACAAGCACACGCAGAACGAAGCGCAAUUAGGGCAGAACAUCCGCUAAACGCAUUUAGAGUUGCUCGAAGUCGAGCCAACGGCAAGGGUUCCAGCCUAUUCCCGGAGGUGCAUACGUCAAACGCGACGGAGAACUCCGUCACUCUCGAGGAGAUUGAAAACGUAGACGGCUUCGUGAAAAACCUGGAAAGGAUUGAAUUACCAAACCAGUUGAUAGCGGUCUUGGGAGAUCCAUUACUACAGAAGCUGCUCGUUUUGAAGCCCGAUACUGAAGCUCAUCAGAGAGUGAGCAGCUGGUUGGCUUCGUAUGGACAAGACCUCAUUAGUGGAGAAUCCAACAUGGAUCCCACCGAUGGCUUGGAAAUAUUAAACAACUAUGUGUCCAGUACAAAGAACUUCCCUCCUAUAUUUUUCGCGUUCUUCACUGAGUAUCUCAAAAUAUGGAAUGGCCGUGAUGGACGAAACUUGAUCAUGACUAUACUAUCAUAUAUGCCAUUGAUUGAUUUUCAAGAACUCUCCGCUAGAAUUCUCCAGGCACUCGAGAAUAAGAUACUCGACGACACUACAGUUUCCCAGAUACAAUUGCUCGAGUUCUAUACGAUGCUACUACAGCGUUGGGCAGUUUCCUUAGCAUCACUUGAGCAGAAGUCGGCGAACACAUCGACCAUCAUUGCUGAGCUAGUGACUCAUCUAAAUAGCCUAUGUCUCACUCUGAUUCAGACUUCACCCACCAGUUCUACUCACUCAAGGAUCGUAGAUUUCUAUGAGCAGACCGCAAUUCUAGCUUCGGAUCCAAAACUACACCCUCAUACUCGGAUUAUGAUACCGCCCUCUCCGUUGGUAUACAUCCUGCACUUUAGCUUCUGUCCGAACAUUCUUUCUAGACUCUGUUCCAUAUUGUCGAAAUACAAGGCAGGGUUUCAGAAAGCUAUGUCAACAUCUCGCUCCGAAUACAGCCCCGAGUACAUCAACGAGUUCAAUGGCUUUCUGAUGGAUAUCUGCAAUUGCAUAUGGCGGUCGCGGGCCUUCAACAGUAACGAUAUGAAUUCUCAUGGCUGCCUGGUACCUAAACACUUCGUCGAGAACCUCACGGCAUAUAUCAAUAGUCUCGAGAUGGGCGCACCGCUCUCGGCAUUAUUUUCCCUUUCGUAUUCGCCGGUUCUAGGUCUUUCGGCAAUCUCGUACUUCCGGGAGUUAGAAGACGAAGCACUAGCGCGAGGUCUCACCGAGCUUAGUAUUAGGCAUGCAGGACCAAUAACUCGAGCCAGCCUUAGUUCUCUAGCAAACGGUGGCGGCUUGAGAGCAGGCUGGGAUGACUAUCGCCUUGGCGUGCUAAGUUAUCUUGAAGGAAAGGGUAUGGCUGGUGUUGGGGAGUUGAUGUAUAACACUAUGACAAACGUCAUGAAAAGGAGGUCAUUAAUGUCGAUGACGAAUGCCGCAUAGGAAGAGAUAUGACAAGACUUUGCUAGAAGAUUAGUUCAAAGUCGUCCAAGCUAGAUCUUCCCAUUCUUCAAUUACUAGUCUUUUCUCGUAUCUAGUGUAGCACAUAAUGAAACCCCUGAUAAGUAAAUCGAUAGUGAUCAUGAAAGCACCAUACCUCAUCUAUUUUAAUCCACCGCCCUAGUCUUAUACUAGGUCUAUCCUGUUGAAAGGGUAUCAAAUAGCUCGCUGUCCUGUACCAGCAAAGA